GACUACAAAUCCCACAAUGCACUGCAAAAUGUUCUUUCAUUUCCGGGAGUAGAUAAGGUCCAACAUGGCAGCUUUCACUAAAAUUGCCUCAUUCCUAAAAAAUGGCUGGGCAAAAGAACCUGUCAUAAUGGUUGCUGCAGGCAUUGGAAUUAUGGCUGCUAUACUUCCACUUGUUAGUCCAUACACAAAGUAUUCAGGAAUGAUGAAUAGAGCAGUGCCAUACAAUUAUCCUGUUCCAGUUCGAGAUGAUGGAAAUAUGCCUGAAGUCCCCGGUCAUCCCAGCGACAACAUUGGGCCCAACUUGGACUGGCUGAAAAAGCUGUAAUAAAAUGGUUAAUGAAGAUUCAGAACUAUUUUCAAGAUGUAUAAACGGACUAACCUCUGCUGUUAGAGUCACAGCUACAUCCUGUUUCAUAUAUUGGAUACAAAACUUCCCAACUUGCUAAAACAAUGUUAAAAUAAAUAAAUUAUGUUUGUUAAAAUGCAGUGUCCCAGUGUAUUUGAGCUAUAGAAAGCAGGGUGGAUAAAAAUCAAUGAUUUAAAAAUAAUAAAAAAAUUCAAAAGUUA